CUAAAUCACCAGGGAAACAAGCUAAGCCUCAAAUCCUUAUUCCAUGGAAGGGCAGAGCUCAUUUCCAGAGGAGUUUUGUGCCCUUUCUUUCCUUCCAUUGACAUUCCUUUCUUUUCUUUUUCAAGCUGGGUCCUGCUUUUAGCUCUAGAUUUUGAUAGAGACCAAUUGCACCUGAUUUUCAUGGGGAUGAAAUGUCUGCAAGUCAUCCUACAGCUAGUGUGGGAUCUUGGGGCAGAUCUGUGAGGCUGCGGGUUUUGGCUCUUCUAAACCCACAGUCUUGGGCUUUCCAUGUACAGGGCAUUCCAGGGCAGUGGGACAGGCUUCCAGUGACAGAAGAGAAUUUUCCAGCAUUUUUUUGGCAUUAGCUGUAGAGAACAUUCAGGGGCUCUGCAUACAUCUGCAAGCAAAGCUAGAGCAGCUGUUGUUGUGAUGUCACUGGAACCGUUGUCCUGGUGCACGGACCGUUGUCCUGGUGCAUGGAGUGUUGUCCUGGUGCACGGACCGUUGUCCUCAUGCACGGAGUGUUGUGCUGGUGCACAGACCGUUGUCCUCGUGCAUGGAGUGUUGUCCUGGUGCACAGACCGUUGUCCUCGUGCACGGGAGCCUCCGUGUGCACAGUGUGCUUGGCGUGCUCGUUGCAGGAGGGUGCUCCUCGUCGAGGCACUCACCUCCAGCAGGCUGCACGUGGACACCAGGGGUGUCCUUUUCUUCCUUGGCGUGCACAGGCUGCGGAAUUCUUGCCCAGCAUGGCUAAAGUGCUGCAGCGAGUCUGUGCCACCUUUCGCCAGGUUUUUCCUAUGGCCUAUGCUUUUUAUUGUGACCCAGACAAACCCUGGCUGCUGACCCAUCUAGCAAGUAAAUAUGUGUUUAAAAACAGAAGAGGCCGUCCUUCGAGGAAACCACCAUCAGCUGACCCUCCUCAGGCUCCUUCUGUUUCUUCCCUUUAUGAGGAUACAGAGGAGGAAGACAACAACGAAGCUCCACCUGUUGUUGCACCAGAGCCUGAACAGCCAAACUCUACCAAUACAUGCUCUGGAACAAAAUCUUCCACUGCCCUGGAAGCCGCUGCCCUGGAAGCUGCUGCACUGGAAGCCGCUGACAAAGACAACACUCCCACACCUGAGAUCUCCUACAUGAGCACUUCCAGCAGUUCCUGCAGCAGCACCAACGGGCAGCAAAAGACGGUAGAGGAUGACAGCCUCAAGAAACUGAGGAGUAUUGUGAGUGUGGGAGAUCCUAUGAAGAAGUACAUUGAAUGGGAAAAAAUUGCCAGUGGUGGCUUCGGAACGGUCUAUGCAGCGACCGACACUGCCACAGGAGGAGAGGUGGCCAUAAAGCAAGUGUGUCUCCAAAAACAGCUCAAAAAGGAACAAAUUGUCGAUGAGCUCAUUGUCAUGAGGGACAACAAGCAUCCAAAUAUUGUUAACUAUUUAGACAGCUACCUGUUUGGAGAUAAACUGUGGAUAGUGAUGGAAUACCUAGACGGAGGCUCCUUAAGCGCUGUUGUUAAGGAAGUAAGCAUGAGUGAAGGAAUGAUGGCAGCUGUCUCUCGAGAGUGCCUGCAAGCACUGGCCUUCCUCCAUUGCCACCAAGUGAUCCACAGGGAUCUCAAAGGCGAUAACAUUCUUCUUGGAAUGGAUGGAUCCGUCAAGUUGGCUGAUUUUGGUCUCGCUGCUCGCAUCACACCUGAGCAGAGCAAACGAAGCUCAGUCGUCGGCACGGCUCACUGGAUGGCCCCCGAAUAUCUAACUAAAGAAGAAUACGGACCCAAAGUGGAUAUUUGGGCACUGGGCAUCACAGUGAUAGAAAUGCUGGAAGGAGAACCUCCUUAUUUUUGGGAGCGUCCUCAAAGGGUAAGGUGCAAAUACUACCAGAUAAGCACUGUCUUUCUCAUCUGUCCCAUGUUUUGCCUCCAUUGAGAAAAAAUACCAUUCCCACCAGAUUGAACAAGUUCAACCAAGGCCAAGGCAACAAAAAAAAGGCCCCAGAGCACAUCCACAUCCUCUAUAGCUUUAGUUGCGUCACUCUUGAAAAUAACCUGUAAAGCCUGUAAAGUCCAUCCUCAGAGAAGCAAAAGGUGCUUUUGCUGAUGGAGUUCCUCCUAACUUGGUCAGCCAAUGAAAUCAGCUGUCAAGGCAAGAUCAUUUGGAUGUUGGAAGACCUGUGGCUGCACUGGGGCCUUUUUCUUGGUGUCAAAAAAUCAUUUUGAACCCUCUGCCCAGGAAGAAACUGCCACUGGAAGAUGGAGCAUCAAAAAUGGGGUCUGUGGGAGCAGUUAGGGAGAUGAAAGAAAGAGGUAAAGUCCCAUGUUUCCUUUUCCUCCAGGCCCUGCAGCUCAUCAUUUCAAAGGGGAUACCGGAGCUGCAA